AUGACCCCCGUGACCACACCCAUGACCCCCGUGACCACACCCAUGACCCCCGUGACCACACCCAUGACCCCCGUGAUCCCCGUGACCACACCCAUGACCCCCGUGACCCCCGUGACCACACCCAUGACCCCCGUGACCACACCCAUGACCCCCGUGACCACACCCAUGACCCCCGUGACCACACCCAUGACCCCCGUGACCCCCGUGACCACACCUAUGACCCCCGUGACCCCCGUGACCACACCCAUGACCAUCGUGACCACACCCGUGACCCCCGUGACCCCCGUGACCCCCCGUGACCACACCCAUGACCUCCGUGACCACACCCAUGACCCCCGUGACCACACCCAUGACCCCCGUGACCACACCCAUGACCCCCGUGACCACACCCAUGACCACACCCAUGACUCCCGUGACCACACCCGUGACCCCCAUGACCCCGUGACCACACCCAUGACCCCCGUGACCACACCCAUGACCCCCGUGACCACACCCAUGACCCCCGUGACCACACCCAUGACCCCCGUGACCACACCCAUGACCCCCGUGACCACACCCAUGACCCCCGUGACCACACCCAUGACCCCCGUGACCACACCCAUGACCCCCGUGACCACACCCAUGACCACACCCAUGACUCCCGUGACCACACCCGUGACCCCCAUGACCCCCGUGACCACACCCAUGACCCCCGUGACCACACCCAUGACCCCCGUGACCACACCCAUGACCACACCCAUGACUCCCGUGACCACACCCGUGACCCCCAUGACCCCCGUGACCACACCCAUGACCCCCGUGACCACACCCAUGACCACACCCAUGACUCCCGUGACCACACCCGUGACCCCCAUGACCCCGUGA